GUAAGUCCCAAACGGCGCAUGCGCGCUCACAGGUGAAGCGGCAGAGAGGAAGACGAAAAGGUGCGGUGUCAAAAAAGCUGACAAUUAUGACUUUAAUACACUUUUCCAAGUGAUAUGAUCUGAGGGGACAUACAAUCCAACAUGGUUCAUAUGGGAAUAUGCUGCGCCAGCCUCAAGGACAACAAAGCCUUGAUGAAGAUGGGGCUGGGGCUGGUGAUGGCGGGCCAUGUCAACUUUCUUCUUGCAGCACUGGUGCACGGUGCUGUGCUCAGGCACAUCAGCGUGCACAAAAGAACCCGAACUAUGGUGUAUGCCAUCGCUAAUGUCAUUGCCAUUGUGGCAGGCCUGCUGGGAAUCAUCGGUGGAAUAAUCACCAUUGUCCUGUCCAAAAACAAGAAAAACAGGAUCCUGAGAUGGACCCUGUUGGUCUUCAGCUUCCUGUCAGGUCUCUUGGCAGUUGCCUCCGCCUUGGGCUUGUCAGUGUCGUUGGUGAAAGCUCUUCUUCAUAAAGGAAAGAUCCUGCUAAAACUCUGCGCGUCUGCAGAGGAUAUCGCUUCCAUCACAUACGAAUGCUCCUUUGACCCCACCCGUAUCUAUGAAACCACAAUCAUUCUGUGGGUGCCUCUCAUUUUGAUGUCCCUUGUGGAAACAGUGUUCUCCUUCCGCGUCUUUGCUGUCUGCACUUCAUCGCUCUACCUCUGCCCGUGCAGGAAGAAACCGCUCCAGGCCAAGAGGGUUCGCAUCCAGAGAAAUGUCGAAAUCUCAGCAUCACCUCCAGCACGAGAUCCAGACAGCGACAUAGAAGCUGAGCCUGCGGAGCAGGAGGAUCUGCUGGACGACAGCACUGUAGUGGAGCAGAGCGAAUGGCUCUGAGUUGAAGACUACUCGUCUCAAAUGGACAAAACCUCAUGUCAUUGCAUGUGCAUGUGUUUUUCUUUUAAGAUUGAUUUUUAUUUGAUAAAAUAUUCAUUUUUUUUUUCUUUUUUGUUUGUUUGACAUUAUGUUUUGUAUCGAUGUUAUCUUAAAAAUACAGAAAGCUGCCACCUGUA